CAGGCGGAGGGGGAUUGUCGCCGUGCGGAUGGUGAAGCCGGACGGAGGCAGCGGCGGUGUUAUUGUUUCUGAAUGAAAACCAGACUGGAAAUUGGCAAAUGUUGUACAGGCGUUUUAUUUAAAUACCGUUAGGAUUUAUUUUGUACCAGGUGGACAUGCUAUGAAACUAUUUAAUUGUUUUUGUACAGUAUUUAUACUCAAGCAAGUAGCUAACCAUCUUAAUGAGGUUCCCAGGCCGUGGAGCCGCCGCUAGUCGAUUUUAACAAUAGCCGCGACACAGUCCCCUUCGCACGGGUAGCUGUUUUCACGCGAAUUUGUCGUAAAAACGCGGCUUGUGAACAGAAAAAACACCGUGUAAUACUUACGUUCCGAUGGGGCCUCUCUUUUGAGACGUUCUGUGUUUUUAUGGACAGCGUGUAAGCAAAGAAAGUGGAGUGGUUUUUAAUAUACAGCACGAAUAUUUUGGAAAACACAAAAGGAAGAUGUCCAACGGCGCAGCAGGAAGCGGAGGCUUGACUUGGGUGACCCUCUUUGAUAAGAACAAUGCGGCCCGAAAGGAGGAGGCCAACGGGCGGUCCGAGGGAGGGAAGGGCGAGGCGGCCCGGAAGGACGGCUCCAAGAAGAUGUCCGUGGAGCGCGUGUAUCAGAAGAAGACCCCGCUGGAGCACAUCCUGCUCCGUCCCGACACCUACGUGGGCUCUGUCCAGCCUGUCACCCAGCAAAUGUGGGUUUUUGAUGAAGACGUGGGGAUGAACCAGCGGGAGAUCACCUACGUCCCUGGGCUCUACAAGAUCUUUGAUGAGAUCCUGGUGAACGCGGCUGAUAACAAACAGCGGGACAAGAACAUGUCGUGUAUAAAGAUCACCGUCGACCCCGAGUCAAACACCAUCACUAUCUGGAACAACGGGAAGGGCAUCCCGGUGGUGGAACACAAAGAGGAGAAGAUGUACGUCCCCGCUCUCAUUUUCGGGCACCUGCUCACCUCCAGCAACUACGACGACGACGAGAAGAAGGUCACAGGCGGUAGGAAUGGUUAUGGUGCUAAACUCUGCAAUAUCUUCAGUACAAAAUUCACCGUGGAAACGGCGUGCAAAGAGUACAAACACAGCUUCAAACAGACCUGGCAGAAUAACAUGACUAAGACCAGUGAGCCCAGGAUAAAGUUCUUUGAUGGUGAAGACUUCACCUGCGUGACCUUCCAACCCGACCUGUCCAAGUUCAACAUGGAGAAGCUGGAUAAGGACAUCCUGGCCCUGCUGACGCGGAGGGCCUACGAUGUGGCAGGGUCCUGCCGGGGGGUCAAGGUCAUGCUCAACGGGAAGAAGCUUCCGGUAACCGGCUUCCGCAGCUACGUGGACCUGUACGUGAAGGACAAGCUGGACGAGACGGGCGUGGUGCUGAAGGUGGUGAACGAGGCGGUGAACGAGCGCUGGGAGGUGUGCCUGACGCUGAGCGAGAAGGGCUUCCAACAGAUCAGCUUCGUCAACAGCAUCGCCACCACCAAGGGCGGCAGGCACAUUGACUACGUGGUGGACCAGAUCGUGGCCAAGCUGAUCGAAGUGGUCAAGAAGAAGAACAAGGCAGGCGUGACGGUCAAACCCUUCCAGGUGAAGAACCACAUCUGGGUGUUUGUGAACGCCCUGAUCGAGAACCCCACCUUCGACUCCCAGACCAAGGAGAACAUGACGCUCCAGACCAAGUGCUUCGGCUCCAAGUGUCCGCUCUCCGAUAAGUUCAUACGCGCGGCGACGAACUGCGGCAUUGUGGAGAGCAUUCUGAACUGGGUCAAGUUCAAGGCUCAGACUCAGCUCAACAAAAAGUGCUCCUCCGUCAAGUACAGCAAGAUCAAGGGCAUCCCCAAGCUGGACGACGCCAACGACGCCGGUGGGAAGCACUCCUCAGACUGCACGCUGAUCCUGACGGAGGGGGACUCCGCUAAGUCGCUGGCUGUUUCGGGGCUCGGGGUGAUUGGCAGGGACCGAUACGGGGUGUUCCCCCUCCGCGGGAAAAUCCUCAACGUCCGAGAGGCCUCCCACAAACAGAUUAUGGAGAACUCAGAGAUCAACAACAUCAUCAAGAUUGUGGGCUUGCAGUACAAGAAAAGCUAUGAGGACCCAGAAUCCCUUCGCUCGCUACGCUACGGAAAGAUCAUGAUCAUGACCGAUCAGGACCAGGAUGGCUCCCACAUUAAGGGUCUGCUCAUCAACUUCUUCCAUCACAACUGGCCGUCCCUGCUCAAACACACCUUCCUGGAGGAGUUCAUCACUCCCAUCGUCAAGGCCAGUAAGAACAAGCAGGAGCUGUCCUUCUACAGCAUUCCAGAGUUCGACGAGUGGAAGAAACAGACGGAAAAUUACAAAACCUGGCACAUUAAGUACUACAAAGGUUUGGGUACGAGCACAAGCAAAGAGGCGAAGGAGUACUUUGCGGACAUGGAGAAACACCGCAUCAUGUUCCGCUACAUGGGCACGGAGGACGACGCUGCCAUCACCCUGGCCUUCAGUAAAAAGAAGACGGAUGACAGGAAGGAGUGGCUCACUAACUUCAUGGAGGACAGGAGACAGCGCCGGUUACACGGCCUGCCGGAGCAAUUCCUGUACGGCACACAGGCGCGGCACCUGUCCUACAACGACUUCAUUAACAAAGAGCUCAUCCUCUUCUCCAACUCCGACAACGAGCGCUCCAUCCCCUCUCUCGUCGAUGGGAUGAAGCCGGGCCAGAGGAAGGUGCUGUUCACCUGUAUGAAGAGGAACGAUAAGCGGGAGGUGAAGGUGGCCCAGCUGGCCGGAUCAGUGGCAGAGAUGUCAGCGUACCAUCACGGCGAGCAAGCACUGAUGAUGACCAUCGUGAACCUGGCACAGAACUUUGUGGGCAGCAACAACGUCAACAUCCUGCAGCCACUCGGCCAGUUCGGCACCCGCAUCAACGGGGGCAAAGAUGCUGCCAGCCCCCGUUACAUUUUCACUAUGCUCAGUCCCCUAGCCAAGCUGCUCUUCCCGGCGGUGGACUCAAACCUGCUCAAGUUCCUGUACGACGACAACCAGAAGGUGGAGCCGGAGUGGUACAUUCCCAUCAUCCCCAUGGUGCUGGUGAACGGGGCCGAGGGCAUCGGCACCGGCUGGGCCUGCAAGAUCCCCAACUACGACCCGCGCGAGAUCGUCAACAACAUCAACCGCAUGCUGGAGCAGCAGGACCCGCUGCCCAUGCUCCCCAGCUACAAGAACUUCCGGGGCGUGAUCCACGAGCUGGGGCAGAACCAGUACAUGGUGAGCGGGGAGGUGUCUGUUCUGGACAAGAACACCAUCGAGAUAACAGAACUGCCCGUCCGCACCUGGACCCAGGCUUAUAAGGAGUCAGUGCUGGAGCCCAUGCUGCAGGGGACGGAUAAGACCCCGGUGCUCAUCAGUGACUAUAAGGAGUACCACACCGACUCCACCGUCAAGUUCCUGGUGCGAAUGAGUGAGGAGAAGCUCCGCGAAGCUGAGGCUGCUGGCCUGCACAAAGUCUUCAAGCUGCAGUCCAGCCUCACCUGCCACUCUAUGGUGCUCUUUGAUCACAUGGGCUGUCUAAAGCGCUAUGCAUCCGUCAAUGACAUUCUCAAGGAGUUCUUUGAGCUCCGCCUCCACUACUACAAGCUGAGGAAGGAUUGGCUGGUCGGCAUGCUGGGGGCGGAGUCAGCCAAACUGUCUAAUCAGGCGCGGUUUGUGCUGGAGAAGAUUGACGGCAAGAUUUCUAUCGAGAACAGGUCCAAGCGGGAGUUGAUCCGGCUGCUCCUGCAGAGGGGCUACGAGUCCGACCCCGUCGCCGCCUGGAACAGAGCCCAGGAGAAGUCAUUGGAGGAGGAGGAUGCGGACGGUAACGACAGCGACAGCUCCAUAGACUCCGGCUCGUCAUCGGGACCAAACUUUAACUACAUCCUGGGAAUGCCCCUCUGGUGCCUGAGCAAGGAGAAGGUGGAGGAGCUCCUCAAACAGCGAGACUCCAAGAAAGCUGAGCUGAACGAGCUUCAGAGGAAGUCUUCAGAAGACCUGUGGAAGGAGGACCUGGCCGUCUUCAUCGAGGAGCUAGACCGUGUGGAAGCGCAGGAACGGGAGGACCAGAGCGCAGGGAAGACCCCUAAGCUGGUGAAAGGGAAGGUGGGCAAGCCCAAAGUGAAGAAGAUGCAGCUGGAGGAGACCCUGCCCUCCCCCUUUGGCCGCCGCAUCGUGCCCCAGGUCACACAGGCCAUGAAGGCGGACGCCUCCAAGAAGAUGACCAAGAAGAAGAAGGGUGACGUGGAUCUGUCGGUGAAAAUGGAGUUUGAUGAGGAGUCGGGGGCCCUGGGGUCGGAGGGAGGGGGCGGAGACUCACUCAUCUCCCCCUCGGGCCUGCCAGUGCCUGGGGCCAAGCCCAAAGCUCCGCGAGUCAAGAGGGAGAAGAAGGAACCAGGCACCCCCCGGGUGAAGAAAACGCCUGGACCAAAGGGAUCAGCGAAGAAGGUGAAGAAGAGGAAUCCCUGGUCAGACGACGAGUCCAAAUCCGACAGCGACCUGGAGGACAGCGAGCCUGUCAUCAUCCCCAGAGACACCAAGAGCCAGAGAGCCUCAGCUGGGAAGCCCAAGUACACCUUCGACUUCUCUGAGGAAGAGGAUGCUGAUGAAGAGGCGGAGGACGACGCCAUGCCUUCCUCCCCCAUCAGGUCCUACAAGGACGACUUUGGCACCUCCGAGAGCAGAGACCGUUACCACGACAACGGCGAGGGCGGCGAUGAUGACGACGAUGACGACAUUUUCCCGCCGCCAAAACAGACCACCACCACCACGUCCAUUUCACCAGCAAAGAAGAAGAAGGAAGCGGACAGCAUAUUCUCCAAAUCCGCGUGCUCUGAGAAGAGCAACGACAGCGAUGGCCUGAAGUUCGACAGCGACGAGGACGACAACAGACCCUCCUUCACAUACUCCAGCAGCUCCACGUUCGAAAAGCCGACCGCAACAAAGAAAGCUAAGAAGCCAGCAGACAGCGCCCCCAAACCGAAGAAGGCCCCCAAACCCCCGAAGAAGCCCGACACGUCCAUCUGGGACUCGGACUCGGACGGUGGUGAGCCCAAGAAGCCCGCGGCGCUCAAAGGUAAAGGCAGGGGGAGGAAGAGGAAGCCGUCUGGCUCUGAGGAAGAUGAGUACAGCCCUGUGAAGAAGACGGGGAAAACCCCCACCAACAGAAAGUCCAGAAAAGCCCCAGCGGAUGAAGAUGAGGAUGAGGAUGAGGACACAAACAGCGUCCAGCGGGCGGAUGCCGCGUCGCGGGACAGGCCCGGGAGAGCCAAGAAAGAGGUCAAAUACUUUGCCGAGUCGGACGAGGACGACCAGUACGACAUGUUUGACUAGAGCGAACACACACACAAACUCACGCUCACGUACACACACACGCAAUCACACUCACCGACGCACACCUAAACACACACACACACGCACACGUGCACACACACACGCACACCUAAACACACAGACACACACACACUCACACAAGCUCUCGUCCUUUGUCCUGCAGAAUUUUGUACAUUCUCCUUUUCUGUUUUUUUUUCUUUUUUGUGAUGUUUAAGGCUUUCUACUGUGUAAGUGUUUUACACUUUUUAUUAUACAUAUACAUUUUUUUUUAAUCAUUGAAAAUGUUCUGUAUUUGUCCCGAGCGGCUUUUAGAAGUGUAGAGUGCUGUGCCUAUGCACAUAUUUUAACUGUUAAAAGUUACAGUUAAUGUACCUUUUUUGAAAUGAACUUGGAAGUAAACUUCAUCAAUUGUAAAGGAC